AACUCACCAUUCACCACAAUAUAUCAUUAUUUAUUUAUUCAAUUUUAUAAUUAAUUCUUUUUAUCUUUUUCAUGAAGCAAUCUCACCCACCUCUAUAUAUUUAUUCAACUCAUCCAUUUCUUCUAUAGUCAAGUCAACUCAGCUCAAUUCUUCAACAACAAAAAAAUGACUUGUUUUUCACAGGGUCUUGUUUUCACUACUGCCAUGGUUGUCUCAACCACCAUGCUUUAUCUAGUUUUCUCAAAACAAAAGCAUAACCCAUCAUUUCAAAUUCAAGGAAAUCACGCUCUACGCUCUUGUUUGUAUUCAGAGGAAAAGAAAAGGGAGAGAAAGAUGAACACGAAGAAGAGUAAGAAGAAAGUUAGAUUUGCAGAAAGUGUGAAGGAAGAAAGAGAAAAGAAGAGUGAGGUUGUAAGGAAAGAGAAACAGAGGAAGCGAAACAGAGUAUAUAGUGGCAACUGCAGAAGUGAAACGUUGAAAAGCCGUGGAAUUCCGGCGAAUAGAGUCGCUUUGUUCAACGGGAUUUUGAGGGACCGAGUUCAUAGGAUGGAGUGUUGUUAAAGAUCAUCGUGAUUCUCGUUGGUGAAGGUUGGAACGGAGGAAAUUCUAUGAAGCUGUUGUGUUUUUCUCAUGCUCUGUUUUUCCUCUGUUUUUUUGUGUUUUCUUUUUUCUUUUUUGGUAGUUGUUAAAUGUAAUGUAGUUUUCGUGGUGAGGGAAUUAACACAUAGAUAAAUGGUGUGUGGUUGUGGAGAAAUGUUUAUACAGCUCAUUUUGUCCUUGUAAACCAACUCAGCACUAGUUAGUAGUUAUUUGAGAUUAAAUUUAAUUUUCUUUUUUAA